GGUCUUUGAGAAAACAGCACCACGGGAAGAUUUCAGCUGCAGGAGGCUUAGCUGAAGCCAUGGAUCCCCGCACACAUCAAAAGAAAAAGGCUUCAGCACCCAGAAAGAAGGUCAGGCACUUCACAGAUGUGCACGGCCUGCCUUGCAUUGAGAAGUUUGUGUGCUCCGUGGAGGACACCCCUGAGCCCAUCGGCACCAGCAUCACUGGCACGAUCCCAGAAUGGAUCAACGGGAACCUCCUGAGAAACGGGCCGGGGAAGUUCGAGAUCGGAAACCAGAAGUUCAACCACUGGUUUGACGGUAUGGCUCUCCUGCACCAGUUCAAAAUAUCCAAUGGGCAAGUGACCUACAAAAGCCGCUUCCUGUCCAGUGAAAGCUACCAAUCCAACAAGGAGUACAACCGCAUUACCAUGUCUGAGUUUGGGACUGUCACCGUGCCAGACCCCUGUAAAAACUUCUUCCAGCGCUUUCUGUCGAGAUUCGAAUUACCAAAGGGCACCGACAAUGCCAAUGUGAGUUUUGUGACCUACAAAGGUGAUUAUUACGUCAGCACGGAAACAAAUUGUAUGCACAAGGUGGACCCUGAGACCCUGGAGUCGAUCAAAAAGGUGGACUGGAGCCAAUUCAUUGCUGUGAAUGGAGCGACUGCUCACCCUCACACUGAUCCUGAUGGAACAACCUACAACAUGGGGAAUUCCUACACCCCUAAAGGAGCAUUCUACAACAUCAUCCGAGUGCCCGCGACCAAGAAAACAGAAGAAGAGACCUUGGAGGGAGCCACGGUGCUGUGCUCGAUCCCCUCAGUGGACAAAGCCAAGCCCUCUUACUACCACAGCUUUGCCAUGUCUGAGAACUACGUGGUGUUCAUUGAACAGCCCAUCAAGAUGAACCUGCUGAAGAUUGUGACAGGCAAGCUGACAAGAAAAAGCAUCAGGGACAGCUUUUUCUGGGACCCCAGCCUCAACACUGUCUUCCACCUGAUUGACAAACAAACUGGGAAGGUAAGUGCCAUCAGGUAUCUUGCCAAGCCACUGACGACCUUCCACCAGAUUAACGCGUAUGAGGAGGACGGCUUCUUGAUCUUAGAUAUUUGUGCCUCGGAUGAUGGCCACUUAAUUGAGGCCUAUGACAUCCAGAAUCUGCACAAGUCUGGAGAAGCUCUUGAUGAGGUGUAUAACACUUUGAGUCGAGUCUUCCCUCGCCGUUUCGUGCUGCCUCUCACCGUGGACAAGGACACGCCCUAUGACCAGAACUUAAACCGCCGGCCCAACAGCACAGCCACGUCUGUAAGAAUUGGCAACAGCAAGGUGUUCUGCACUCAUGAAGACCUCCACAGGGAAGAUCUCCAUCAAUACGGAGGUCUGGAGUUCCCUCAGAUCAACUAUGGCAGGUACAACACCCACCCCUACCGCUACUUCUACGGCUGUGGCUUCAGACAUCUUGUCGGGGACACCCUGAUCAAGAUGGACCUCCAUGGGAAACACAUGAAGGUGUGGGACCAUCCUGGACUGUAUCCCUCUGAACCAGUCUUCAUUCCCUCCCCUAAUGCUACAGAGGAGGACGACGGAGUUGUCUUGUCUGUGGUCAUCACUCCAUACAAGGACAAGAGUACGUUCCUGCUGGUUUUAGAUGCCAAGACGUUCGAGGAGCUGGGCAGGGCUGAGGUACCCGUCAACAUCCCCUACGGUUUCCACGGGACGUUCAAUUCUGCAGCAUAGACGUGUGAGGAGGCAAAGAACGACCCGAGAUAAUGAGACCUACACUACGUAAACAUCGCUUGUGACCUUCACUUUGUCUCAUCCUACAUGCUGAUUUAGAGAAUAAUAUGUUGUACCGUUAGAGACACUGCAAACUUGUUAGAAAGAGGUAGAUUUUUUCCGUACUCAAUACUUUUAUUUCAGAACAUUCAAAUGGUAUGACGAGGGCUUUGGGUGGCUGAAGAAGGGGGUGUUUGGGGCAAAAUGAAAGAAAUGUGUCUUUAUUGUAUCUGCUGUUCUAUUUGUGGCUGUAAUAAACGUUCUUACACAGAAGAAACUGUUCUGCUUCAGUGCAAGUUCAGCAUAGACUGUCUUUAUGGCAUCACAGAGUCUGAGACUGAUAAGUAACCGCAUGCUUUGGCACUUUUGUUGGAGAAAGCUACAUUCAUUUAACCAAUGAUUUCAUGAAUAACCACUGUGUGACUUAAAUGCACAUUUCUGAAUACAUGCAUGAAAUACUGUGAACAAUCUGCAAAUAAAAUACUUUUUUUUAAACAAAAUGCUGGAAUUACA